UGCUUGGAUUAGGAGACAGGAACAUGUAGCAAUGAUAGAACGGUAAACUUUUCUGUUUUCUCCAUCUUUCCGAAUGGAAGAAAUCUCUUUCCACACAGUGAAUCUGAGUCCAAGAAGUUUGAAGACAGGUCUUCAUCUAUCUGUUGUUGUGUGUGAAAUCUGUAGUCUACCGAUGACAAAUAAUUGCUUCAAUCUAGUUUCCAUUAGUUAUCAUUUAAGCUUGGGAAAUGUAAUUGUAUGAUUUUCUUGUUUGACCAUUUUUAGGCCAUAGAUCAUGCACCAGAUGCAACGCUAUAUUCAAACAGGAGCCUUUGUCGACUGCAAAUGGGUAAUGGUGAAGGUGCCCUAUCAGAUGCUUACAAGUGCAGGAUGAUGCGACCUGACUGGGCUAAAGGUUGCUAUCGUCAGGGUGCAGCUCACAUGUUACUCGGGGAGUACAAACAAGCCCAUGACGCUCUUCUGGACGCGCAGAAGUUGGAUCCUGGAAAUGAAGAGAUUGAGAGAGAACUACGGAAGGCUAUGGAACUAAUGAAGGUCUCCCCCAAUGAAGAUGAGCAGUGAAGCGUGGCCGUCUGACUACGAGCAGCAUGUGGUGGUAAGAGAAGAAUAGUGAUCAAAGUCCUAGUGAUUAUGCUUAGUUAGGGACAAAUUGUCAGGUGUCUAACGGAUUGCAAGGGGAAGCACGAGACAAAGUGUUCUGCUCGCUGCAGCUGAAAUAGUGCGAGUCUGGAAAGUUGGAAGGGCGUUUCUUCAGCUGGUGGGACUGGACGUACAUAUAUGCUGCGACAAAAUUUGAGAAGAAACUUCUGCGAACUGAACAGUUUGCUGCGCCAUGGAAAUCUAAGACUGACGUGCAGCGUACCAACAUAAAGUGCUUGGUGUGAAAUUGCCUGUUCGAUCGGCAGUGCCACUUCUCCGUAGCCUGUGUGCUGCUGCUAACCGUCUUUGAUGAUGUCGGAAUUAAAAUAAUUGUUUUCUUAAAUGAUAUCAGGCCUGACAAAGCUGUGUGCAGUA